UUGAGUAAAAGAAUCUGGUGAAGAAAGAAACUUAGCUUUUAACCUAACUGGAUCAACCUGACUAGCAACCAGCUGCAUUUGCUCUUUUGUGCUUCUCAUAAGGGGCUUCUCAUACAGGCAAGAGGAGAGAGAGUAAUCAGAUAUCAUGCUCACUGUACGCAUAGGACAAAGGGUGCAUAAAACACAGGGCUCCACAAGCCUUCUUCCAAUCAUAGCAGUGCUUGGAGUCCUUUUCUUUGCUGUUUUAAUCAUAAUGCGGUCUCAAAGCCACACCCUCUCCUGGUAUCCUGAGUUUCCUGGUCCAGAGUGGCUACAGGUGCCUAAUGUACCCCAAGAGACCACCUCCAGACAAAGACCAAGUCCGUGUGGCAUCCCAAAGCCCUGUCCAGAGGGGGACUUCAGCUUUUUAAUCGCCAGUGGAGCUGCUAAUGUGGUUGGACCCAAAAUCUGCAUAGAGGACAAAAUGGUUAUGGGUUAUGUGGAAAAAAAUGUAGGGUACGGAAUUAACAUUGCUGUUGUGAACGGUAAGGCAAAAGGGAAGGGUAUGAAGACAGCAUUUUUUAACAUGUAUGAUGGUGAUAUUGAAUCUCUGGUGGAGUUUCUGGAGUCCAUUGAGAAUGGAUCCAUUGUGUUGAUUGCCACCUACGACGACCCAGCUACAAAAUUGAACGAAGAAGCAAGGAAGCUUAUCAGAGAGCUUGGCAGCUCUGCUAUCCAGUCAUUAGGCUUCAGAGACAACUGGGUCUUUGUUGGAGGAAAAGGAGCAGAUGUCGAGAGUACCUUGGAGAAGCAUAUUAAAAACAAUAGAGACAAAAACAAGUAUGACUCCUGGCCAGAGAUGAUUGAAUUGCAAGGAUGCUUACCACGCUAUUUGGAGUGA